AUGCCGUUAAUAGCAAUGUUUGUGAAAGCUGAGAUGGAGGGAGUAGAACGAUUGGUCUUCCCGAAUGAUGAAACCUGGAAGCUGGACGUUCAGCAAUCUGGUGGAACGGAAGUCAGGGAAGGGGUCACCAUUGACCCAACCAAUGAGGAGGAGAUUCCCAACAGCAAAGGGACAGCCAAUUUCUUGAUCAAGUGGGAGGGUGCCAAGGCUCCCUCAUCAAUCAGCGUAAUGACGCCCUCCAGAUCUACUCCAAUAAAGGAUAAAGAUGUGAAGGACAAGACCCUAGGAGAGUACUCAGAGGGAGGCACUAUGCAGCCGGUGGCUGUCUUCGACUGUCGAGGAGCUGAGCCGGUGAAGUGGUACCCUCUGGGAGUUACUGUCGAGACGAGUUGGGGAAAGUUUGAGAACGUCGACCUGUCAGAUCCGGAUGGAUGGAUGGAGUGCAGCGAAAACGGUGACACAGCCACAGUCGCUGAGGUCCAGUUCGAGUUCCGCGUAGUGAAGAUGUCAGAGGACGGUGCCACAAGAGCAGUCGAGUCCAGCUUCUCCAGCUGCAUUCUCCGUGUCGUGAACCUGCUCGGGGAUGCGGAUACAACUGGUGCAGUUGCGGGGCAGAUGGCUGGUGCUCUGUAUGGUUGGCGCGGCGUUGCUGGUGAUGAGUGGGGGCGAUCCCGUCUUUGUGACCUGCAACAGUGGGAUCCGUAUGCCGAAAUCGGUGUUCGUGCUGCGCUGCUGUAUCAUGUCUUUCCGGCUGGCAGAGAGGUUCAGCUGCGGCAGCGCGAGGGGCAUGCAACCAUUCGGGUCUUCGACCAUCCCGACGAGCAAGCCCGGUCGCUCAUCGGGGAGAUCAAGUCCGAGACAUGUGUGCAACAGAUGAGAUUAUCCGGGAACUUCGCCAAGGUAAUGGGAAAGGACCUCAACGAUCAGGACAUCUCUGGUUGGGUUGGCAUCAAGAACGUGGUGCCACUCGGAGAGAAGUGGGACUUCAGUGAAGAAGGCUCCGACGAAGACAAUGCUCCACCGGAUGCUGGGUAUGCCAGUGCGGGAAGGAGUACUGUUUCUCCAAGCGCAUCGCAUGAAAGAGGAUCUGCUUCAAGGAGGUCCUUGACAACGCCUCCGCCGGCACUGGGAAGCCGUGGCUACCCUGUGUAG